AUGUACUUGAUGAAGGAGGCACAUGUAAAGGAUAAACAACACAGCAAGAUGGUACACACGAUAUAUAAUUGGAUACUACAGAAGAGAAGAGGAAAGAUAGGAGCAGUGUUGGAGGACUUUGUUCGAUACUACAUAGCACAGCGCGAUAAUGAUAUGCUGGUCGUAUGCUUCGAGACGUACUCCUGGUGUGGCCCGACACCCUUACUCAAUGAUACGAUGUUGGAGGAUGUCUCUGACUACAUAUUCGAGACAAAGGAUGCCCUCCUGCUCAAGAGUCUGAACCGCGCCGACGUUGCUCAGCACUUGUUGGUGCGCGCCUUUGAGCGCGGAGGCACACGGCUUCAAUGGGUAAAGGAUUGCGUUGGCCAGAAUCAUCUCUCGUCGGUGCUACACACGCUCAUCGUCUACAAUCAGACCAUGGCGAAGGAUACCCUGCCCGCCAACAAGGUCAAGACGCGUCGCCACGAGGAGCUGUUCCAGUGGCUGCGCAUUAUGUUGUGGAAACAGCCCACCGAGGAUUAUGCGUUGCGCGCGGCUCACGAUCCGCGCCGUCAUUGGCUGAGCAAGGUGAUCUCCACAUUCCUCAAGUUGGACUCUUAUCAACUGGCGUUGGACUGGUACGCUCGUGGCGUCAACAUGCUGGCCUUUGCCAAUUAUGCGCCAUUCGCCGUCUAUCACAAGCUGCGGAACCAGGAUGGGAUGGCUGAGCAUUGGAUGCUCAUUGGUGGUCCGUCGUUCAAUGAGGAGGCCUGUAACAGGGCCAGCAGCAGCUACCUGACCGAGCUGAUGGAUCCGCUUCUCAAGGGCGAUGACAUGAAACGCCUGGCCUCGAUGCGCCAGGGUGGACAGUUGGCGAUCGACGCCGACACAGCGCUGGACAUGUAUCUUGAGGACAACGAUGUCGAAGCGAUCAUAGACCUGCUCAAACGACACUACUUUGUGACAAAGGAACUGCCGCGCGACCAGCUGAUCAUAAAGUGCGCAUUGGCCAUCUACAACUCGGUGCCCGACCUGUAUGGCGAGUUCCUGCGCAUCGUUCCACCCGCUCUCUCGCCUGUGUUUAUCAACCCGAGAUUCUUCUCGCAUGCGAUCCAGAACGACCUGGCGCUAGGCGUGCGCGGACUAGAGAACCUCACACCUCUUCAGUCAAAGGCGAUGGAAGACUCAUGGGACACGCCACUCAACGACAUUAUCAUCAAUCUGGUUCUCAGCAAUAGGUUCAGCCUGCUAGUGCGCAUCUUGGACACGCGACCCAAACUCCACAUCUCAUCACUCAACACCAUUGGCAGCUGUCUGCUUGCCAACCUACAUCAGCCCGCAGUGCAGGGCUUGGUCGACACGAUACUCUCGCUGUUGCCCGCCAAGUCCUUGUCUACGCCCCACACCAACCUCAUCAUUAAGAUGCACAUGGAGCGUGGCGAGGACGCCAUGGCCGUGGAAGUCUUCCACACAAUGCAGGGUCCAAAGGAUCUGCUCACCUACCGUCUGAGCGCGCAGCUCCUCCUUCGCUCACUGGUGCCCAACGAGCUGCUGACUCUGGACAGGUUGGACACUUUCUAUGGGAUCGUUCGUGGCCGUCCCCUGCCCACCAACGAUCUUACACAGACCGAUUACGCCACGGUGUUUGAAGAGUGCGCCAAGAAGAAACAGAAUGCAGUGAUUCGCGAGUACUACGAAAGAGCCCUGAGGCGCGAGUCGACAGUGUUCCGCGUGCACAAGGACAACAUUGAUCAGCAUCUGAUCCUACUCAUUCUGCAAUCGCUGGACAGUGCUGGAGCACGCUGUCGUCUGUUCAGAUCAUUGUUUGAUGUGAAGCGAAUGACAUCAAUCACACCAAAGAUCUAUGGCAUGUUGAAGCGAGACAACAACACCGUUAGGGAUCCACAUCUGAGUGCCAUUCUAAGAACGUAUCCACCGAAAUCUAUACCACCGAGCCAACAAAGACCAACACCACCCGACGAACCAGUUGUCAGCCAGCUUAGUGAGGACAAGAUCAUAUCCUUCCUCUCCAGUCGACUCAACAUUCAUGUUAAAUAA